AUGGGAUUUAUAGAAGAUGAGCUCCAGGAAGUCAAGAAACUGUGCGAGCAAGUCGUGCCCGGCUCUAAAUUGGUCUCAUGCGUGCUUAGCAUGGUCAGAGUCGAAAUAAAACGCACGGAAUUCAAGAAAAUCAUAAUUUGCAUGCAAUUCACGGAAAAGUACCCCAACACCCCUAUUUUACUUGAACUUAAGAGCAAAACUCUAUCCGACAAGCUUCUGCAGAAGUUGACUGAUGUGUGCGAAUCUGAAACUAAAAAAUAUCUAGGGAAAGCGCAGAUUUUGAAUGUUAUUAAGUUUGUACGCAACUUCAUUGAGGAGAACCCUCUGUCGUGUUGUUAUGACGAAAUAAGUGUCUUAAAGAAGAAGUUGAGCGAUAAAGAUGAGUUUAAGUUGAGGCAGAAAGCUUCCAGUAUAUAUUUAAAAGUAAAUAACAAUGGUUAUUACUUGACAUGUAAGAUUUUAAUCCCAGACGAUUAUCCCACAAUAAGUGUUGAUUUACAAGACGUGGUUACGAAUUUCUCCCCAAUAUUCAACAAACACAUGAUUUGUCAGGCUAAGGAGUUGGCUCGUAGAUGUGUCGAGGCACCUUUAAAGAAAAAACCAAAUGAGCCUCCUUUUCAAGCUAAACCUUCGUUACAAGGCUCUGUGCAAUUUUUAAUCGACUGCGUGAAGCGAUUACCGCAAGAAAAUUGCCAAGUGUGCAAUCAAUUAUGCUUCCCAAAGGAUCCUAAUGACCUUGUUUCUGACGAAAAUUCUCCAAAGCACAUCGAGAGAGUGUACUGUGGGCAUUUGUUUCAUCAAGAGUGUUUUUUUAAGUUCAUGAAGACGCCUCCCUUUGGUAAUAAAAAAUGUACAACCUGUGGACAUCGAAUACACCAUUACAAAUGGUCACUUUCGGACAAAUUGGCUGAAGAUAGAUGGGCUCAUGAACAAGCCAGGGAAAGAGAAUUGGAAGAGGUUACAGAAUUUUUUAAAUAA